UCUAGUCCUUGAGCCGAAUUCCUUCAUGGAAACCACUCCUCAAUGCAGCAAACAAACCAAGAAUGAUUCCUUGGAUGAAACUGUAGGUGAAACCCUUUUGCCAGGCCUCCCUGACGAUCUAGCUCAACGCUGUCUCUCUUCUCUAUCUCCUUCCCUUCUUUUCUCUGUUUGCCACCCAUGGCGUCGCCUCCUUUACUCUCCUUCUUUCCCUCCCUUCUUCUCCCUUUAUGCUCUCCUUUCUCCUUUGCAAAAUCCCACUACAAGAAACCUUGGAGAAGUUGCUUCUCAAAACUCAAUUGAGUUUUUCUCUUUUGAUCCAUUAUCAUCAGCUUGGAGACCACUUCCUAGACCUCCACAAAACCCUCCUCUUCAUCUCCUCCAUCGCCACCCUUCUUUUCUAUCCCGGAACCUUCCAAUACAAUCCUUGGCAGUCUCCAACCAUUUGGUCCUCAUAGCUGCCACCACUCACAAGCUUUUCCCUGCACUUUCCAGCCCUUUAGUCUUCCAUCCAGAGUCCAACCGCUGGUUUUAUGGCCCCCAAGUCUCCAUCCCACGCAGGUGGUGUGCUACAGGCUCAGCACGAGGGGUGGUCUAUAUAGCAAGCGGUGUUGGCUCCCAUUACAAACCUGAUGUAGCGAGGUCAAUGGAACAGUGGGAUUUAAACAAGAAGAUUGAAAAAUGGUGUUGGGAAAAUAAGGCACAACUCAAAGACGGAAGGUUUAGCAGAGAAGCAGUGGAAGCAGUUGGAUAUAGAGGGAAACUUUACAUGGUUAAUGUCAAAGGCAAUGCAGUGAAAGAAGGUGCAGUUUACAAUGUGGAAUUGGACAAAUGGGAAGACAUGCCUCCAGGAAUGGUUGCUGGUUGGACUGGGCCAGCAGCGACAAUGGAUGAAGAUGUGAUUUAUGUGAUUGAUGAAGUGAAAGGUUGUUUAAGCAAAUAUGAUGGUGAAAAGGAUUGUUGGGUGAAGGUAAUUGAGUUGGAACAGCUUAAACGUGUGGAACAGAUAGCCGCAGGGAGAGGGAAAAUUUGUGCCGUUUCAGCAAAUGGGGAAAGCAUUAUAGUGGUGGAUGUUGGAGGAAGAGCUGCCAGGUUUUGGGAGGUGGCGCCGCCUCGUGGGUUGGAAGUGGUUGCUGCCCAUGUUUUGCCUAGAAUUAGUAGGCAAGAAUAGUCAAUAUUGUUAAAACUAAGCCCCGUUGAGAAUCAAGUCAUUUGUUUGCUUGCUUGAUUGUUU